AUGCCUGAUAAACUUAAGGAGCCUGAUGACGCAUCAGAGGAUGAGGGGAGAACUGAUUCUGAAGUGAUGAACACUCGGUUGGAAAUUGAAAAAAUAAAGCUCGAACAAAUACGGGCACAAAUUGAGCUCCAAAAAUUGCAGAAGGAAAAUGGUGGUGGUGCAGAUGAUGGGCUGGGAUUACAACCAGAAUCUGGGGUAGCCCACUAUGCUGCACUCUUGACUAAUGUGCUCAGCCGGAUGCCCGGGGACAAAACCUUGGUGCCUGGCUGGUUUGAGGCGGUCGAAGUCAUAUUUCGAUCCUUUCAGGUCCCUGACGAGAUAAAAACUGUUCUGAUAAUGCCGUAUAUAGCUGACAGGGUCAGGUCAGCGAUCAUGUGCAGUGGCAUGAAGGAACUGCCAUCUUACGCUCAGCUAAAAGAACGAAUUUUACGUGAGCUAAGAUUAUCUCCAAACGAAUACAAACGACUAUUCACAACGGCAGGCAAAUUGCGGGAAGAGUCCUGGAGCCAGUUCGCCGGCCGACUUAAUAACUACUUCAGUUAUUAUGUGAACAGUAGAAAAGUGGAUACUUACGAUGACCUGUUGCAACUAGUUGUCGCGGAUAGGUUGAAGGAGUCCUUCCCUAAUGAAAUAAAAGCAUAUGUUGCCUUGAACGAAACGGGGGAGUGGCUGCGUCCCGAGGCGAUAGCUAAGCUCGCUGAAUGCCAUCAGGAGAGUAAUGCACAGAGGGUCCCAAAACCCUAUCACAAAACAGACACUACUGGUGACUCUAGUCAGAGCGAGUCUAUGACGCCUCCGAAAGAGAGAGGUCAUACUGAGUAUGUCGGCGACACUCGACGCUGUUUCGCUUGUGGGAAACAGGGUCAUCUGGCAAGAAAUUGCCCUGAGACCAAUCCUAAGCUAACGGCACGAGUAAAAGGACCUUUAGACUGCGAACACGCCGACCAAUCAAUCGAGGUACAUGAUAAACUAGUAUCGCUGACUGAACAACACGAAGUGCUUGACGAAGAACGAUUUGUACAACUCCGCUCAGGAGACAAGCGCUUGAAUAUUGCUAGGGUUGAUUCGGGGGCAGACAUUACAGUGGUUCGAAGGUCGAUGGCCACCAUUCUGGACGAGAAUCAAAAAGGGAAGGUUCGGUUGAAGGGCGCUUUCGGCCACGAGGUGGAGGCGGAUCUCAUGUAUGUCCCGUUUCGACUUGGUAGCAGGGCGUUUGAUUCUGGAGUGGAUACUUUACUGCUCUGUGCUGUAGCCGAGCAGCUUGCCGGAGAAGUUGACGCGCUACUCACACCUGAGGAUUUAGUAGCUUUAAGAAAAGUAGAACAGAAAGUGCCCUUGGUAGAUCAGGUGGAUCUUCCCUGUGAUGCUGCACUAUUGAAGGAAGGGCUGGUGAUAGAGGCAUGCGUGGCGAGCACACAGUCGGAGGGUGAAAACGGGAUUGUAAAGUCUGUGGACGAGCGAAGUGACGUAAACGAAAUAGAAUCUGAAGGUUGCCUUCAGUUUCGAACAGAGCAGAAGAACGACGAGUCGCUGAAGCCCUUGUGGCUACAGGCAAAAAAAGGGACUCAUGGAAUGCAAGUGGUUGAUGGAAUGCUGUUCCACAAAGAAAAAAUAAAUGGCAGAAUUGUCAAGCAGCUAGUUUUACCGGAAAGCAGGCGGAAGACAGUGUUAGAAGUAGCCCACGACAAACCAGUUGGCGGGCAUUUCGCUGGAAAGAAAACGCAACAGCGAAUUAAGAAUUCAUUUUACUGGCCGAACAUGCAGGAGCAGAUUAGUAAAUACUGCAAAGAUUGCCAUUACUGCCAGUUGAACGCGAGACCUAGAACCAGUGACCGUGUGCCUAUUACCCCGCUAGUAAGACCAGAUGUUCCAUUCCAGACAGUUGUAAUGGAUUGUAUUGGACCGUUAAACCCGGCGUCGUCGAGGGGGCACAAAUAUGCCUUGUGUCUGGUUGAUGUGUGCACGAGAUGGCCAGAAGUGGUUUGUAUCAGAUCGCUAACGGCGAAGGCAGUGUGUGACGCGCUGGUUGAAAUAUUCGUGCGAAUGGGAGUGCCAGAAACAGUCUCGUCCGAUCAGGGCACAAACUUCACGGCCGAGCUCACACAGGAGUUGCUGCGUAGGUUGGGGUCGUCACCCAGGUUCUCUACACCAGAACACCCUGAGAGCAAUGGGCUAGUUGAGCGAUGGAACGGUACGCUGAAGCGGAUGUUGAGGCAAGUGAUAGCGGAACAUGGGCGGGGCUGGGAUCGCCUAGUUCCUUGUCUACUUUGGGCCUACCGCGAAGUCCCGAAUGAAACUACGGGGAUGUCGCCAUUUGAACUCAUGUAUGGACGUGCGCCGAAUGGUCCACUGUCCAUCCUAAAAAAAUCGUGGACUGGUGACUGGACGCCCCCGUCCACGCUCGUUGAGUCGGCGGACAAAUAUCUGGUUAGAUUAAGAAAACAAAUGGCCGACAUGACGCGAGUAGUAAAGGAACAGGCAGAGCACAAACAGAGGUCGUACGCCACGCGUUACAAUCUCCGUGCGAAAGAGAAGGCCUUUUGUAGGGGCGAUCUAGUGCUACUAAGGGACACAAGUGGUAAAAAGAUGAACUUUCCUUGGUUGGGACCAGCGAAAAUACUAGAGGUUAGGAGAAAGAACAGCUACGUAGUUGAGAUGCCUGACGGUGGCCGUAAGUGGAUCCACGCCAACAAACUUAGGCCAUAUGUGGCACGCGUUGACGCUGUUGGUGUUAUCUUUGAUGAUCCGGACUUCGGUUCGGUGGAGGAACUCCCCACAGACGGGAGGGGAGCAGGUGAACCUGAAUCACAGAAAACCGCGGAAGAAAAAGAGAUGUAG